AUAUUCUCCGCUCUCUUGUCAAUUUAAGGGACACCAUUCCUUUCUCCAUCAGAAAGAAAAGCAAGGAAAAAAUUAUGGGAAAAGAAAAUGCUUUGCCCCUAAAACCAUCUCACCAUUUUACCCUCCUAGUGCCAUUUGAAUUUAAAGUUCAUGUCUUUAUCUCUUUUUUAGCUUGAUCAUAUAGUUUUUUUUUUUUUUUUUUGUUUAUUCCUCUCCUUUUUCUUUAUCUCUUUGCUUUGCUUUGUUAUAUUCAUUUUGCCUUGUCUUCUAAUCCAAAGUUUUGAGCUUUGAGCCAUAAGGAAAGAGAGGAGUGGAUAUGGAACCUAGGGUUCUUGAUGCUGUCAUCCAUAGAUUGCUUGAUGCUAGAUGGAAACAGGUGAAGCAGGUUCAGCUUUCUGAGACUGAGAUUAAGCAGCUGUGUUUUGUUUCUAAGAAUAUCUUCUUGAGGCAGCCAAAUCUUUUGGAGCUUAAAGCACCUAUUAAGAUCUGUGGAGACAUUCAUGGUCAGUUUUCUGAUCUCCUGAAGCUUUUAGAAUAUGGUGGUUUGCCUCCUCAUUCCAGUUACUUAUUCCUGGGGGACUAUGUGGACCGUGGAAAGCAAAGCCUGGAAACAAUAUGUCUUCUCCUUGCCUAUAAAAUAAAAUAUCCUGAAAAAGUUUUCCUGUUGAGGGGCAACCAUGAAUGUGCUUCUGUGAAUCGUAUCUAUGGAUUCUUCGAUGAGUGUAGACGAAGAUUCAAUGUCAAACUCUGGAAGACAUUCACAGAUUGCUUCAACUGCCUGCCUGUGGCAGCUUUGAUUGAUGAAAAGAUUCUCUGCAUGCAUGGUGGACUUUCACCUGAUCUGCAUAAUUUGGAUCAGAUAAGAAAUUUGCAAAGACCUACUGAUGUUCCAGAAACUGGUCUACUGUGUGAUCUCCUUUGGUCAGAUCCUAGUAAAGAUAUUCAAGGCUGGGGCCCCAAUGAUAGAGGAGUUUCCUGGACCUUUGGUGCUGACAGGGUGACAGAGUUUCUCAGGAAGCAUAAUCUUGAUUUGAUUUGUAGGGGGCACCAGGUUUGAAUACAUUUUAUCUGAAGCAUUUGUCAAAUUUGGACAGGCAGGAGCGUGGAACUUCCUUCUGGUUGAAAUUCUAUUUAUAUUUGCAGGUUGUUGAAGAUGGAUAUGAAUUCUUUGCUAAUAGGCAACUUGUGACCAUUUUUUCUGCACCUAAUUACUGUGGAGAGUUUGACAAUGAUGGUGCCAUGAUGAGCGUGGAUGACUCCUUAUUGUGCUCUUUCCAGAUAUUAAGGCCUUCAGAUAAGAAACCAAUAUUUAACUUUGGGAACUUCCCUUCAGCAAACAAUGUUAGUUCUUCUACUGGACUCAAGUCAUCUUCUUGGAGCCAGGGGUAGAAGCCUUUGAUCAGAUAGAGAUGUCAGAAACAAUAGGCCCCUUUGUUCAGCAGUAGCACAGUAACAAAACUGUGGAAUCUAUGUUUUGUUUUCAAAAAAUGUUCUGCAGCCUAUGCAACGCCCCAAAGCAAGGAGUGGAACAAGAGCAGACGCCGCUUACUUGCAAGUGAUAACUCAUAGGAAGCAAGACUCUAGCAACCUUACAAAGUCAUAUUAAUCCUCAACAUGCACAACCUGCUACUUGUAUGACCUCAAUGUAUCAUCUCUUAUUACAAAACUUAUUCAAUAACUACCAUAAAAUUCUACGUAUCAGAAUAAAACAAAUCUCAAUGA